UUGGUCGCUCCUCCUCACUCCAUCGCUUCUAGCAAGCUAGCUAGAUAACUAGGAGAGCUACCUUGAAGUGUGGGAGACUCAAAGUGGAUAAGGGGAGAAACAGGCUGACGGGAAAUGGCAGACGUCGAGGGAGAGGGAAUUAAUUCGGUGGCACCUCCGUUAGUUCAGCCAUCCUCUCGUAACGGCUCCGGUGUCAGCCCAACGCAGGGCACCGGCAGUUGCCAAACGGUGACUACCGUUACUUCAGGCCCGCGACUGGUGCGGAUAGUCAAGUCUGACUCGGGAUAUGGCUUCAAUGUCAGGGGACAGGUUAGCGAAGGAGGACAACUCCGGAGCAUCAACGGGGAAUUGUAUGCCCCGCUACAGCAUGUCAGUGCUGUUUUACCGGGAGGUGCAGCGGACAGAGCCGGUAUCUCGAAAGGGGACCGGAUUCUGGAAGUUAAUAGUGUGAACGUAGAGGGGGCGACCCAUAAGCAGGUGGUGGAUCUGAUCCGUGCGGGGGAGAUGGAGCUGAUGCUGGCCGUGCUGUCUGUACCUCCCCAGGAGGCUGACUGUCUGGACCCUGGAGACGACGGCUCAGCCCAGUCCUGCUACGACUACAGCGACAAACAGGCCGUCCCCAUCUCCGUCCCCACAUACAAACACGCUGAACUCAACCAGGAGAGGUUUGUGGUGUAUAAUGUGUACAUGGCAGGCAGACAGCUGUGCUCUAAGAGGUACAGGGAGUUUGCUAUCCUCAACCAGAACCUGAAGAGAGAGUUUGCCAACUACACCUUCCCCAAAAUACCUGGCAAAUGGCCCUUCUCCCUGUCUGAACAACAACUAGACGCUAGACGCAGGGGACUGGAGGAAUACCUGGAGAAAGUGUGUUCAGUGAGGGUGAUUGGGGAGAGUGAUGUCAUGCAGGAGUUUCUGUCUGAGUCUGAUGAGAACUAUAACGGUGUAUCAGAUGUGGAGUUGAGGAUAGCCAUGCCUGAUAAAACCACCGUCACAGUCCGAGUCCGCAAGAACUGUACUACUGACCAGGUCUACCAGGCUGUGGUCAUGAAAGUAGAAAUGGACAGCAUAACGGCCAGCUACUUUGCUCUGUUUGAGGUCAUCAACCACUCCUUUGGUAAGUGUCAGGGUGAGAUCUUUUAUUUCAUAGUGGAAGAGGAGGCUGUGGAUAAGGACAAUAAGAACUGCAGUAAAGAUGAAUAUCUUCCAGCUGUUGAGACACAGAAGGGAUGGAGGCACCUAGGAGGAGAGAUCAUCACCUCCUAAACAUGCUCUCCUCCAUCCAUCCCUCUGGUCUGGCUCGGCCCGGGACUACCACCACUACCUGUCCUCACACAACCACUACUACACCAACUACAAACCAACAAACUACAACUACAGUUCAACAACCACUAAACACCAUCAAACUAGAAAUGAACAACUUCUGGACUGACUGAAGGAGAAACAACGACACACACUACAACUGAAGCUGUUAUUCACCAUGAACCCUUGGAUACAACCCAACCACACGAUAUAAACACACUCGACAAGCCAACAGGAAGCUACAGUAGAAACAUAUAGCAGGUUUGUACAGGUGAAUAAGUAACUCUAAAGACUUAGAUACAUGCCUUCAUACAUCGCAUCACCUCUUUGGUCAAAACUCCAUGGAGACCUGUGACUAUUGGCUAAGGAGGCUGACGUCUUGUGGUGGGAUUGGAUGAAGGAGAUGGUUCUCUGGGACGAUAUUGGACAAGGGAUUCGACAACGUGCAAGGCCAUUGGGUGUUUUGUGGCCACUUUGGAAUGCUCUGGACUGGAACAGAGUGCAGUGGAAGAAGAGAACAAAAGAGGGAUACAGAUGCUGGAACAGAACCUGUUCUAAAAGAGGAAACAGCUGGUGGUGAUGGAACAGAACCUGUUCUAAAAGAGGAAACGGCUGGUGGUGCUGGAACAGAACCUGUUCUAAAAGAGGAAACGGCUGGUGGUGCUGGAACAGAACCUGUUCUAAAAGAGGAAACAGCUGGUGGUGAUGGAACAGAACCUGUUCUAAAAGAGGAAACGGCUGGUGGUGCUGAAACAGAACCUGUUCUAAAAGAGGAAACGGCUGGUGGUGCUGGAACAGAACCUGUUCUAAAAGAGGAAACGGCUGGUGGUGCUGGAACAAAAUCUGUUCUAAAAGAGGAAACGGCUGGUGGUGCUGGAACAGAACCUGUUCUAAAAGAGGAAACGGCUGGUGGUGCUGGAACAGAACCUGUUCUAAAAGAGGAAACGGCUGGUGGUGCUGGAACAGAACCUGUUCUAAAAGAGGAAACGGCUGGUGGUGCUGGAACAGAACCUGUUCUAAAAGAGGAAACGGCUGGUGGUGCUGGAACAGAACCUGUUCUAAAAGAGGAAACGGCUGGUGGUGCUGGAACAGAACCUGUUCUAAAAGAGGAAACGGCUGGUGGUGAUGGAACAGAACCUGUUCUAAAAGAGGAAACGGCUGGUGGUGCUGGAACAGAACCUGUUCUAAAAGAGGAAACGGCUGGUGGUGAUGGACUGAGGAGACGCAUCUGAAAAGUUCAAAAACAGGAACUGUGUGUGUGUGUCGACUGAUUAUGGACUGAGCUGUGAGAGUCUAGGUUGGAACCCUGGAGGUAGAAACACAACCCUUCUCUCUGAACUGAACUCCCAGAAUGAGUCUAGACAGACGGAGGGAAAUGAAAUCUAUCAAUGAGAUAGAUAAUAUCUAUCUCCAUUUCAGAGAGAUCUACUGAAGAGACUAUUACAGAGAGAGAGAGAGAGACCAUACAUUUCCUUUAUUUGUGACUAUUGGGCCGAGCAGAACCAAGGGUAGCAUGUGUGUUUCAGCUGCUGGUUCUGUUUUGGUUUACAGAUGCUGAAAUUGCCCUGAAGCCAUUUUUGAAUACAAAAACCUUCUCAUAAAAAAACACAUACAGAAUGCUCAUCAUGUAGGAAUUGGAUCCCAGGAAGUAUUCUGCCAUCUUGACACAUACCUGAACAAUGAACAUGUUUACUUCACCUUGUGUGUUUUGUGUACCUCCUAAAGACAUAUAUAUAUAUAUAUAUAUAUAUAUAUCAUUUCAGACAUUGGACAGAAUAGCACAAAAAGAACCCUGUAAGAUGUUGACCACGUUAAGCUCAAUAUGUAUUCAUUCUAUGCUAGCCUAAGCUUUCUGUUCUGCUGAUGCCUAACCGUGGGUUGUCAUGAAGACGGUAUUUAUACUGGGUUGUAAAUAACACUGAACUCAGAAGUGCA